AUGGCGUCCGCUGCUUUGUACAAAGCUGCGUUUGAGAAGCAUCUUCAGUCCCAGUCGUAUGUCUUUCGCACCAAACCGUCUCCUCAACUGAGCCCAACAGUCGCUCUGGACGGCGUCGACGGUCACCUCGCCGAGCCAUGGACACCGACGCAAGAGCAGCAGCUCACGGCGCUUCACACCAAUAUCGUUCCUGCCGCCAAGAUCACGAUCCUCAACGCCCAUAAAUGGAGCAAGCACCUCGAGACAAGGAUUCUCCCAGCUUUGCAGCGGGCCCUCCGCGUCAAAUGUCAUGUCCGUGUGGUCUUGUCCCAUCUCUGCAUCGACUCUGUCGGGACGACGCUGGCACCAACGCCAGAGAUACCGCAUGCCGUCGGAACGCUUCUGGUGUCCUUCAAGUCCACAUAUACCGGCGGCGAGCUAACAUUCACCAACGGCACCGACGUAUUGGAACUAACGGCGUCGCAGCAAGCAGUGCAGACCUUUGCUUCGUUCAACCACAUUACGAGUGCACCGAUCACAUCCGGCUGUCGCGUGGCCCUUGUGUAUGCCUUGACGAGCGACCCCGAAGCGUGGGUGCCACCGCCGACCCGAAAUGACGUCAUCGAAGCCUUUGCCGCGAUCGCUCGGGACCCACCGCAUGACAUUCAGCGCAUUGCGCGCGCAGUCCAUGUCGUUGUUGCAUAUCCGGAAACUCUCUCGUUUCAACACCUCAAGUGCAUCGACAAGACGCUUGUGGACAUCCUCGUGGCGACAAAUGGCUAUGACAUUUCGCUGGUCGACUUUCAAGAGACCUCGCCCCCCACCCCCGACGUCUACGGCGGCUAUGAUUUUGAGGAUGACUCGUGGGACGAGGACCCCUAUUUCGAGUACAAAGUGCGGUACGAGAACUGCGUUACUCGCAUCCAAAGCCUUGCUGACAUCCCCUUCGCCGUGACGUCGGGUGUCAGAAACAAGGGCGCCGACCUCUUCUUGAGCGUCGAUGCUUCCGCCAACAGGUCCGAGUGCCCCGCCACCGCAGUCCUUUUCUGGCCCAAGCGCUGCCGCGUGGCCAUCGCUGGUCCGUCGCGCGCCGUGUCUUUGCUGAAAGAGGCCAUUCGCAACGGUCAAAUCAUAGACCUCUUUGGUCUCAGUCUCCACGACUUUAUACUCGGUACGCUGACGGCGUUCGACGUUGCUGCGACCAACAACAGCGACGCCGUUGAGCUCGGGUAUCUCUUGCUCCGGUACAAGGACGCCGAGUUACUCAAGCGCUUCCUCCGGAAUACACUGUCCCUUUCGACCUGGCGAAGUGACGGCGCCGCGCAAUGUCUCCACGAGAGCUUGGAAACCUUUGGGUGGCCGACGCUGCUACCAGCUGUCGAGGCCUUUCUUGCACGCGUGGUCAAGAAGUACGACGGCACCCAUGCUAUUUGUCGCCUCCUUGCCAGCUUGGCGGGUCUCACGACGGAGCGUGAAGCUGUCUGUCCGCCGUUGAACCAGCCGUUCGCUGGCGAGUUUCUCAAGGCGUGCUGGCAGGCGGCGCUCAUGGAGCCCCAUUUCAAACCUGGUGACGCCCCCACCGAGCACUCCAUUCUGUUGGAUUGGUACUUUGACACUGGGUUGCCGACGCGGCCGGGCGACAACUACCUCGGUCAGUGGCUACCACCUCCAGUCCUCUUGAUGGUCGACAGCUUUCUGUAUUCGCGCCGCGUCGGCGCGCCCUCGGCGCUCACGGCGGCUCCGUCGCCAUGGCAUCAAUUGAAGUAUCUUCCCAAGGCCUUGCUGGCGGCCAUUCCGCUUCAGCCAUCACUACAGCAAGCGCCGUACGUUGCCGCCAUCAAGACUGCGUUGACUGCGCAGUCCAAGGGCGCGCAUUUGAGCGCAUAUGAAAUUGCGGCCUUGCUGCAGUACAUGGAGGUCGUCGGUGGUUUUGAUGCGACGCUCCUAGCGACGUCUCGAGCCUUUGCCCGACCGAUCACCGACAUCUUACCGGCCAUUCUGAUGUUCGUCCAGCGCGCGCCUCUAUCGACGGCAACGGGCGCUCUCGUGACAAGCUUUCUGCUCGAUUUCGCCCCGACACUCGAGCAUCCACGCCGCGACAGCUACGGCAAAAGCCCAACCAGCUCGGUCGCCGACCUUCUCAGUGCCCUCGUGAUCGUGUCGCCCAAAGCGGCGCGGAAGUGUGCGGCCGAAUGGCGCUCGGCGCUACCGGGAACUCUCGACGCCACCCGCGAUGAGCUCUGGCCGCUCGUCGAGGAGCUGCGGCGCCAGGUAUCGGAUGCGCGCUUUCGAGAAUUGCUCGUCUACUUGGCCUCCGAGUGCCGGGCGGCGUUUGUCAGCGGCGGUGCGCUUGCCCCGCUGCCAGCCUUCACUGACUACGCCUUCACCGACAUUGAAAUCGAUGCAGCCCACUGCGGCGGUUGCGCUGACUUCCGCCGCUUUCUCCGCACCGGCUGUGAUACAGUGAUGACGAUUGAGAUGUCUCUCUGCCUCGAGAUCGAGUGCGCCGUCCAGCGUCACCCUCAGCAGCUCGAACUCGAGCGCGACUAUGAAGGCGAGUUGGACUAUUUUAUCCUGCGGAAGCGAACGCAGCCUGGCAUGGCGUCGACGGGCGCAGCCGAAGCCCACUCGCGCCGCGAGGACGUGCGUUGGAACGACAUACAGCGCGUCAAACAGCUUAAUGCGCUGCUAGCAGACCUCACACCGAACCCUUCGGGGGUCGAAAUCGCCCAUAGCGCGACGGGGGUCGAGGACCACGUCAAGGCCAUUGAGCUCAUCUCGAUGGCGAUUGCAGUCCGACCUGGCCACGCCCGAUAUUUCCUCGCGCGCGGCAACAGCUUCCGCGCCAUCAACGAGUUUGAAGCGGCGAUCUCCGACUUUGACAUGGCCAUUUCGCUCGACGACAAGUGUCCGACCUACUAUGCCAGUCGAGGCACGUGCUUCCGCAAGCUCGGACGGGCCGCCGAUGCGCUGGAAGACUUCACCCUUGCAAUCGAGUACGAUACGAAGCGGGGCACGCACUAUUUCAACCGCGCGCUCGUCCUCUACGAUAUCAACCACUAUGAGCUCGCGAUCAGCGACUUUACAAAGGCCCUCGACGAUGCAUCGGGUGGACCUCGCACCGAAUUUCGCGCGCUCCAUAGCCGCGGCAACUGCUACCGCCGGCUCGGCCUCUUUGACAAGUGCGUGGACGACAUGAUGCAAGCGAUCAAGCUUGAACCGCGCAACUCGGCAGUCUACAACUCGCUCGCGCAGUGCUACAUGGAGUACCAUGAUGUGGAAAGUGCGAUCAAGCACUUCUCGACCGCCAUCACGCUCCUGGAUUCGAACCCUGCGUACUACAACAACCGCGGCCAAGCGUACUUUGAAAAGGGCCACGAGUACGAUCGCAUGGCGCUCGCAGAUUUUCAUUUGGCCAUCAAACUUGACGGCAAGGACGCGCAGGCCUACUACAACCGCGGUCUGACGCGCAUCGCGGUCGCGCUCGAGGAACUGUCGGCCCAAGAAAGCGCCAACCAGAUCGCGCGCGACCUCCUUCUACGCUCCGAGAUCGAGUCGGAGGACCGGAGUCGACCCAAGACUGGCAGCAACGGCACGACGGCCGAAGCGCCGGCGACGACCACCGGCGCGAUGAGCAUAUUUGAGCAGCUUGAAGCCGCGCUGGCCGACAUGGACAUGGCGUGCUCUGUCGUACCCGAGUCGCCGCGGUACCUCUUCGGGAAGGCCAUGGUCAUGCAUCUUAAGCGGCACCCGCAGCAGACGCAGCUCUUUCUCGAGAUGGCGCUGCAGCUCGACCCUGCCCACGUGGCCUCCAAGUACCACAUUGGGCUCCUCCAGCACGAGAGCAACCAGCACGAGGCAGCGAUCGCAACGUUCACAGCGGCCAUCCACGACUUGCCAAGCGAACCAGCGUUCCUCGCCGCCCGCGCGCUCGUGUUUCAAGACGUCGGUCUCCACGAGCUCGCGAUCGAGGACUACUCGAGUGCGAUUGCGGUGGCGCCAUUGCCCGACGCACUCCAUGUCUACCACCGCGGCGAGAGCCAUUUGCGGCUGAGUCAUUUUGACGCAGCGGUCGCCGACCUCUCGCUGGCGCUGACCCUUGGUGCGUCAGGCCCCGGUGUUUACAACGCGCGGGGGCUCGCGCACCGCGGGCUUGGGCUGUAUGAGCUCGCGAUCGCCGACCUCUCGAGCUGCGUCGAGCUCAACAAGCGCGAGCCAAGCUUCCGGCUGCACCGCGCGAUCUGCUACCUCGAGUGCCGCGAGUAUCCAAAGGCCCAUGCCGACCUGGCCGUCGGCCUCAAGCUCGCGCCGGGGGACCCGCGGCUUCUCUUCCACGCAGGCAUGGUCCUGUUCCACCGGCUGCAAUUCCCCGAGGCCAUCUUGCAGCUGCGAUCGGCGCUCGCCCACGCUCCGAGCGUCUCGUACCUCUCGGAAAUUCACUACUACAUUGGCCUAUCGUACGCCUCGAUCGAGCGCUGCAUGGACGCGAUCGAGAGCUUCACGGACGCGAUUGCAACGGCGCCGGACGAGCGCCUCGUGUACUACCACGAGCGCGCCAAGGCGCUGCAGCUCGAGCGCUACUACGACGAGGCGAUCGAGGAUUUCUCCCGCGUCCUCCAAGGGAAUCCGACCAACGCCCAUGCGGCCUUCCGCCGCGGCUUUGCGUUCAAGGCGCUCGGUCGCCACGCCGAAGCCGCCGCCGACAUCCAAAAGGCGCGGCUGCUCGACCCGACCAACCCGCGGCUCAUGGUCAACUUCAAGGAGCUCCAUGGCACCGACUGCAUCGUCCUCUGCGCACCGGGGCACGAAAAGACCUUUUAA